UUGAUGGCUGUGUUUGGCGAUCCCUUCCGGCGGUUUAUCCUGAGCCCCACAGUGUACCGCUCAUCGCCCGGAUCAACGGCUCUCCUUGACUGGUUCGAAUCCCCCACCGCCCACUUGUUCAAAAUCAACGUUCCCGGAUACAACAAGGAGGAUGUGAAAGUGCAGGUGGAGAACGGGAACAUACUCGUAAUUAGAGGUGAAGGUGGGAAAGCUGAGUUCGGAGAGGGGAAAGAGAAAGAUAUUGUUUGGCACGUGGCGGAGAGGAACACAUUUGGAAAUGGGAAAGGGGAGUUCUACAGAGAGAUUGAGCUGCCUGAAGAUGUGAAGCUUGAUCACAUCAAAGCGCAGAUCGACAACGGUGUGCUUACGGUGAUUCUACCCAAAGAUACAACCAACAAACCUCCCAAGCUCAGGAACAUCAAUGUUACUAGCAAACUCUGAAUCUUCAAUCACUCUAUGUUUAUAUAUCACUCUCCACACUCUUUAGUAAGACCGUAUUCAAUAAUCAUCUGAAUUUUCACCAUCA